AGAUAUAAGUUGUUCCCAAACUGCGUCCCUAUGUUUGGCUUCCGUCACCUCUUAUCUCUUACGGACAAGGUUGACCGUUUCAAUGAAGAAGUGCAGAAGCAGAUGGUUUCGCGGAACAGGGACGCACCAGAGGGGGGGUUUGAUGCCAUUCUGCAGGCUGCCGUUUGCAAGGAGAAGAUUGGCUGGAGGAAGGAGGCCUAUCAUCUCUUGGUGUUUGCCACCGAUGACGUCCCUCACUUGGCUUUGGACGGCAAGCUCGGUGGACUAGUGCAUCCUCACGAUGGACAGUGUCACCUGAACGACAAGAACGAGUAUAGUGCUGCAAACAUGAUGGACUACCCUUCACUCGCUCUACUUGGAGAGAAACUGGCUGAAAACAAUAUUUUCCUCAUCUUUGCUGUGACCAAAAGACACUAUGUUCUUUACAAGAAUCUCACAGCAUUGAUCCCUGGGACUACGGUGGAAAUUUUGGACCAAGACUCCAAAAACAUUAUUCAGCUAAUUGUGAAUGCAUACAAUAACAUCAGGUCAAAGGUUGAGCUGAGCGUAUGGGACCAUCCUGAAGAUCUCAGUCUGGCCUUCACCGCCACCUGCCAAGACGGCCAGCCCCUGACUGGUCUCCGCAAGUGUGCUGACGUCAAAAUCGGUGACACUGUCUCCUUCAACAUAACUGUAGACGCUCGAGGAUGUCCUCCGAAAGGCACCAGGAAGAGUUUCACCAUCAGGCCUGUUGGUUUUAAAGACCGUCUGGAGGUCUCUGUGGACUACCGCUGUGAUUGCAGCUGCUCAUAUUACACCAAGACCAACAGCAGCCGCUGCAACUCUGCCGGCACCUACAGCUGUGGGAUGUGCCGCUGUGAGCCCGGCUACCUGGGGGCCCGCUGCGAGUGCGAGGAGGGUGAGGUCGACCACCAGCAGCUCAGUGCCUGCCGUGAGGCCGAGGGCAAGCAGGUGUGCAGCGGCCGUGGAGAAUGCAGCUGUAACCAGUGUUUGUGUUACGAGUCAGAGUUCGGCAAAAUCUACGGCACCUUCUGCGAGUGUGACGACUUCUCCUGUGCCCGACAUAAGGGUAUACUGUGCUCAGGCCAUGGAGAAUGCCACUGCGGUGAGUGUAAAUGCCACGCUGGUUAUAUUGGAGACAACUGUAAUUGCUCUACAGAGACGGCUUCCUGUGUGUCGGACGACGGCAAGAUCUGUAGCGGGCGGGGCAGCUGUGUGUGUGGGCGGUGCCAAUGCACUGAGCCAGGGGCAUUUGGGGACACAUGCGAAAAAUGUCCCACCUGUCCAGAUGCUUGUGGAACAAAGAGGGAAUGCAUCGAGUGCCGUCUCUUUAACACGGGGAGACUGGCCGAUAACCAGACCUGCCAGCGCAUGUGCAAGGAUGAGAUCAUCACCGUGGAAACACUCAAAAUGGAUGAUUCCAACACUGUUCAAUGCGUGUAUAAGACAGAGAAUGACUGUGUGAUGAAGUUCACCUACUCUGAACAUGCCAAUGGCCAGUCAGUCCUCACCGCUCUUAAAGAGCCAGAAUGUGCUGUUGCCCCAAAUGCCAUGACUGUGCUCUUGGCAGUUGUUGGCAGCAUCUUGUUGAUGGGCAUCGUGCUGCUAGCGCUCUGGAAACUGGUCAUCACCAUUCACGACCGCCGCGAGUUUGCACACUUCCAGAGUGCACGUUCACGGGCGCGAUACGAAAUGGCAUCUAACCCUGUUUAUAAGCAGUCCAUCCCCUCUCACCCAAUGGAGACGGUUUUCCAUAUGCAUAGUAUCAAGUCAUGCAACGGAGGAGUCCACUGAUCGACCUGCAUUUGGACUGGGGGACAUGGCAGGACCUUGUCCAGCGCUUCUCUGCACUACGGUUGAGGACCGUGACGAAGCAAAUCUUUCGGUCUUUUGCAAUGCAAACUUUUUUUUUGAGGCGUGUGGUUCCUGAGGAUUGAAACUGAUCUUUAUGCGGUUUCAGCUUGAUGAGCAGCAGUUGGACGCAUGCCGAAUUUGAGAAGAGGAUUGGCUUGACUAGUUGGAGAGGCAGGGCUUAUCGGCAUUAGACAUUAACCUGCAAUGGACCGCUUGCUUGAAUAUAAUUCCUAACCAUACCUCCUGCACAUUAUGAUGGAUUUGCUGUGCAU